AUGGCACCCACCACGCGCACGCCAGGCAGACGGCGUGGGAACGACGGCGAUGAGAAGCAGGCGUUCAAGACGCCCGAGGCAGCGGGGCCCACAGGCACGCCAGCUAGCUCUGGGGGCAUCAAGACAAGGUCGAGGGUGAGGAAGAAGCUACAGCAACGCCAGCAACAGCAACAACAGCAGCAGCAGGGCGGCGUGGACAACACAGCUUCUCCAGUGCUCAAACAGCGCCGUGCAGCCAAGAUACCAGCAAAGACGCCAGCAAGGAAGAAGGGAUCCAAGUCUGACACAGAGGCGCAGGAGCAGGACACACCAGCCAAGACGCCAGCCAAGACGCCAGCAAAGACGCCAGCCAAGACGUCGGCAAAGACGCCAGCCAAGACGCCAGCCAAGACGCCAGCCAAGACGUCGGCAAAGACACCAGCCAAGACACCAGCCAAGACACCAGCAAAGACGCCAGCCAAGACGCCAGCAAAGACGCCAGCAAAGACGCCAGCAAAGACGCCAGCAAAGACGCCAGCAAAGAAGAAGGGAUCCAAGUCUGAUACAGAGGCACAGAAGCAGGACACACCAGCAAAGGGAGCUCCAUCAACGCAAGGAGUAGAAACGACAGUGGAAGCAGAGGCAUCGGCAAUGGAUGAAGCGCCGGAGCACGUGCCAUCGACACCAGCAGCGGACAAGAAGCAGAACGUCAAGAAGAACAAAAGCAAGAAGAAGCAGGGUGCACAACAGCAACAGCAGCAGCAGAAGCAGCAGAAGCAGCAGAAGCAGCAGUCAGAGCGGAGAACACCAAAGCAGCGACAGACAACACAGGGUGCACAUCCACAUCCCCGCAAGCGCCGGCUCAAGCGCAAGCAGGAGCAAGCUGCUGCUGCUGCCGCUGCUGCUGGUCGCCAACAGACGGGCCACCCCCACGGCCUCGGCACCACUGCCGUUGUUCACCGCCUACGAUGCGUCACCUACCACCCGGAGUCCAUCAACGCCAUUGCGUACCAGCAGAUCCUGUCGUCCUCUGCAGCAACAAGCUCCGAUGACGAUGGUGAUGGUCGCAGUGCAGCCGCGGCCAACAAGGCGCACGAGGGUGAUACUGCGACACCGCAUGUUCGAUUCGCCGUGGCGAGGAACAACGCCGACGUUGAGAUUUGGAACGCAUCACAGGGCUACGUGCUUGAGCAGGUGCUGCCUGGCGGGCGGGACUUGAGUGUUGAGGCGCUGGUGUGGAUUGGCGACCGACUGUUCACGGGCGGCGCACACGCCGUCAUCACAGAAUGGAACCUCACCACAGGCGCAAUCAAGGAGCAAUAUGAUUCGUUUGGUGGCGCCAUCUGGUGCAUGCAGGCAUCACACGACGGAUCUGCUCUCGCCAUUGGGUGUGAGGACGGAUGCGCGCGUCUGUAUACCGUCACCCCGACUGGACUUGAGCUUCUCACAUCCAUGCUUAAGCUGCAAGGGCGGGUGCUGUCUGUUGCGUGGGCGCCAGACGACCUCACUCUGGCAGCCGGCGACGACAGCGGGGCGAUCCGGCUGUUGUCGCGGCGCGGCGAGGUGCUGCAUCGGCUCACCCUGCGCGACGUCAAGUCCACAGACAAGAUUAUGGUCUGGAACCUGGCAUUCGUCGACACGGACACACUCGUCUCCUCAUCCUCAGACGGCCUCGUCCAGUUUUGGAGCACCCAGCACGGCACGCUGCGGGCGUCUGUGCCAACCCACUCGGCCCCCGUGCUCUCGCUCGCCGUGGAUCGUGCCAGUGCCACCGUCUUUGCGGCCGGCGCUGACUCUCGUGUUGUCGCCCUCAGCAAGGCUCCGGGCAAACAGGGCGCGUGGGCUGUGUGCGGCCAGCGCCGUGAGCAGCCGCGCGACGUGCGUGCACUCGCUGUUUCCCCCGAUGGCACAACACUCCUCGCUGGUGGCCUUGAUACCACUGUCGUCGCAUACCCAACAGCCAACUACGGCCAGCCCAAGUCCACCCACCGCACGCUGUCAUCCCUGCCGCAAGUGCCACCGCUCUCUGUCUCGCAGACAUCACCGCUCGAGUGUCCGCUUGUUCUGCAGCACACGCACGACCACCUCAACCUCUGGCGCCUUGUCCCAGAUCCCAAUGCGCCAGCGCACACCAGCGAUGAUCGCGGUGGUGACGGCGACGAUGGAGAUGACACACCCUCCAACCCACAGAAGCGCUCCAAGCACACGCCGUCGGCCGCAGGCAAGCAGCACCAGCACAAACAGGCAGCGACCGGCACAACCGCAAGUGCUGCGGAUAUGGUGAGCGUGGCUGGGCAGCAGCAGCUGCUGCGCGGUGGUGUGACGGAGGACACACAGCUUGCGCUGACGAUUCGCCUGCAGUCGCUGUUCAACGUCACGGCAUCGACCGUCUCCGCCUCUGGCAGAUUUGUCGCCGUCGCCUCGCUGGAUGGCGUGCGCGUGUUCGCAAUCACAAAGAAGGCCGAGCGGAAGACAGUGCUGACGGCGACCAAGCUUGGCGGGUGCAGCAAGCUUUCGUUUGCGUAUGCGCUGAGCUUCACCCCUGAUGAGUCACGUCUCGUGUGCCACGCAUGCGACGGCACGCUUGAGGUGUUCUCGCUCAUUGACAAGAAAAUCACCCUCGUCGCCCCAACACACGCGCACAGUAUGUACAAAGAGGAGAAGGGGAAGGGAAGCGUCGACGCUGCGGGUCCUGGUCGCCGCCAUCUUGCCUGCAGCUCAGACAACCUUUGGGCCGUCACCUCUCACAACAGGACGCUUACAUGGUUCAACCUCGACACUGCAAAGUCGACUGGCUACGCUGUUGCACCAGCCGAAGUGACAGCCAUGGCGUUUGUGCCGCAGAGCAACAACAUCCUCGUCACCUGCGCAGACAGAACGGUGUUGAUCUAUGAUUCUGACAAGCGCCGCCUCUCCACCUGGAGCCGCACACACGGCGCCGUCAAGCCAGGCAACUGGGGGCCGUCAAAGGCUGUGCCGAUGGGCGUGAGCAUGUGUUCAUCGCGACCGCAUCUGGCGCUGCUCUCCACGGAAGCCGGCGCCGUUCUCCUCAACAUCCGCGACAAACUCGCCCCGAAAGCACGCAAGGGCGGUGAUGCCUCUUCCUCUUCUUCCGCUUCAGCGUCGUCGUCGUCGUCCAGCCGAAAGCAUGGCCUGAUUAUUGACAAGUACAAGCCGCUCAUGUUCGCGGGAUUUGUCGACGGCGGGUCGCUUGUUGUUGUUGAGCGACCGUGGCUGGCCAUUGAGAUGAAGCUGCCAGACCCCAUCCACCGCCCACGCUACGGUUUCUCGUGA